AUGGUCAUCGAUGGGAACGGUCGCCACGAUACUAUCUCCAUCGACCGUACAAAACCAGCUUACGUCGACCGAACAUCCGUUUCGGCAAUCCCUGCCAAUCCGAGGGUCAUGGACACUACCACCCCCUUAGCCCCCGCCCGACUGUCGACCACACCAAGUUCGACAAUUCUUCCCACCCCGGCUACACUACCCUCUACUUCAGGAAUGCCUCCACUGCGUUCCGCUUUAGCUGGUUCAAACCCCAGUACCAGGGGUACCGGUCGUUCAGUCCGUAUUCCAACUCGUUUUGUGGAAUGCUUUUAUUACUAA